GAUGUGACUUCCGGUUGCCAUGGCAACCGUCGGACCUGCGCAGUGGUGUGAACAGGACACCAUGGGCAUUUCUGGUUGAUCGUAGGUGUUGGUGGAGGGUGAAGGUAAAAAACGGAAGAUUACGACAGAAAAAUGUCCGUUCCUUUUUCAAACACAAACUUUCGCAUCCCAAAAGGAUUUGCAAAUCUUUUAGAAGGGCUAACCAGGGAAAUUUUAAGAGAACAACCAACAGAUAUUCCACUAUUUUCUGCAAAAUAUUUUGCAGCCCUGCUAAAACAAAGACAAGAGUCAAAUUUUGAUCCAGCAGAAUGGGGAGCUGUGAUAGAAGACAGAUUGUCUAACAACAAUGCAUUUAAGCACGCUGAGUUAAACACAAAUGCUUCUGAGUCAGAAGAGAACAAGAAAAUUAGAACGGAGACAAUCUCACACCUAGAGAACUUGGAAGAAAAUAGCCUAUCUGAAAAUACCUUCCAUUCUUCUAGUGCGGAACAAACGGAGAAUAUUACAGAGGAUUUCACAAAAGCACAGGCUGCAACAACAAUCCAAGCUGCUUUUCGUGGUCACGUUGCCAAAAAAGAAGUAAAGAGGAAGAAGAAAGAAAUAGCCACAGAAGAUGAUCCAGAACGUCUUAUUGCUAGCUCAAUGGAUGAACCUUUACAAGAAAAACAGCAAAGUACUGAACAGAAGGAAGAGUUGCAAAAUGAACAGAAUGAAAAUUUUAAAACUGAACAGAAUGAAGAUUUGCGAGAAGAAACCCUUUCUGAUGGACCUGAUACUCCCUUAGAAAGCACAUAUAUGAAUUAUUCCAGCACAAUACAUGAGAACAACACAAGCCAUGAGAUGCCAGCAGAAGAAACUGGUGCAACAACAUCUAAUGAACAUGAAAUAAUAGAUCAGAAGCAGGAUUUGGAUGUAAGUGAUAUUUCAGAUAUAAUAGAAGCAACCAAUUUAGAAAAUGAUGUUAAAGAAGAGCAAAGUAUAGAACAUUCUAAAACAGAAACAGAAUUAUUACAAACUAGUGACACACAUAGUGACGAAGAUGUGAUCAAGAAUAAAAACGAGGUAGAAGAAGAUGUGAUCAAGAAUGAAAACGAGGUAGAAGAAGAUGUGAUCAAGAAUGAAAACGAGGUAGAAGAAGAUGUGAUCAAGAAUGAAAACGAGGUAGAAGAAGAUGUGAUCAAGAAUGAAAACGAGGUAGAAGAAGAUGUGAUCAAGAAUGAAAACGAGGUAGAAGAAGAUGCGAUCAAGAAUGAAAACGAGGUAGAAGAAGAUGUGAUCAAAAAUGAAAACGAGGUAGAAGAAGAUGCGAUCAAGAAUGAAAACGAGGUAGAAGAAGAUGUGAUCAAGAAUGAAAAUGAGGUAGAAGCAGAAACUGUUUCAGAAAAUGGAAUUUUUAGAAACUUGACUGAACAAACUAACAUUGAAAAUAAUGGUUUAGCCAUGGAGGAAAGUCCUAAUAAUGAGUCUGAUUUACUGCAUUCUAAAAGCAGUGAGGUGAAUGAAACUGAAGAAGAGAAUGAAACUUCACGAAAACAGCAAGAUGAUGCUCUUGAUAUAGCUCUUGACGAUCCAGAUGCUAAUGCUGCUGCUGCCAAAAUACAAGCAGGUUUUCGUGGGCAUAUGACAAGAAAGAAGAUGAAAUCGGGGGAAAAAGAACUCAAAAACAAAGACGCUGGCAGGACAAGUGGUGACAAUGAAGGUGACUAAAGAAAAAUAGA